UUCCCAGUGGAGCCCACGUAGCCGGUCUCUUCCAGUCUUCCAUUUCCAUUUGCAUCAACUCCAUUCUCCAAACUUCCAGACCCCUUCCUCUUUCUCUCUCAUCUCUUUCAUCUCUCCAAAAUUCUCCCCAAAAUCUACCGUCUUCAACCCUAGACCUUCAAAAUUCCCCCCCAAUCCUUCCUCUCCGUUAACCAUGUUGCAGUUCUUCUUCACCGUCGCUUUCUCCGCCGUACCUCUGACUCUCUACAUUCCUCCCCUCCGGAGCUUCAAUCUCUUCGUCGAGACCAUGGAGGAGAUACUUCGCGAGUCAAGAACAUACACCAAUCGGGUGUAUCCUCGAGCUCGGCAUGUUUGGUUGAGGGUUUUGGAUUGUAUUCUUUGCAGCACCAGGUAGAUGAUUUUCUUCUUCUUUUUAUUUUCGAGAUUUCCAACUGUAGAACACCCAAUCUAUCUGUAUAUAUUCUUUGAUUCUCUCCGAGCGUGGUUGUGGUGCCGAUGCUGUUCUUGCGGGAUUCUGUUGUAAAUUGCUGAAUGUAAAAUGUAAGAGGAUGUGUUUCUAGUUAUUUUUUAGAAAAAUAAAGAGAUGAUGUUCCAGUUACUAUAUGUGUACUCUGAUGUUCUGUUUCUCUCCUUUCAUUCAAUUCGAGGAUUUCGAAAUUUAAUUUUCUGAA